AAACAUACGUGACUUUAAGAAGGAAUUGAAAUGAAUUAACAAAACAAAAAAGCAAAUAAAACAAAAACAUUUCGAGAUGUUUACAGCAAACAGAGGGCGUGACCGUCGGCCGGUUACCAAGUAACACACGUUGCAAAAAUGACAGCUGAUAACUGUGAUAUACAUGUAUACGUAAACAUGGUUGGUUUUUAAAAAAAUAUUCAAAAGGUUCACAAAUGUAAAUAUUGAUUCAUCCACUGGUUAAAAUUUUAUUACCGGUGGAAGCUAACUGAAAGAAGGACCACAGAUCCGGCAAACUUAUCUCGUAAGUGAUGGUUUAGUGCAUUCACGUUGUCGAAUUUAAUAGAUUUAACCAGUAUUUUAAACGUAUUUUUAAACCUGUGAUAAGACCGCUGCAUAAUAAGGCAAAAAUGACGAUAAAAAAUAUUUGUUGUCUGGGGGCUGGCUAUGUUGGAGGUCCUACAUGCAGCGUUAUUGCAUUAAAAUGCCCGGAAAUUAAAGUAACCGUCGCCGAUCUCAGCAAAGAAAGAAUUGCUCAGUGGAACUCAGAUAAACUACCCAUUUAUGAGCCUGGAUUAGAUGAAGUAGUGAAGACAUGCAGAGGAAGAAAUUUGUUUUUUUCCAACGAUAUUUCUGGUUCCAUUCUAGAAGCAGAUUUGAUUUUUAUAUCAGUCAACACGCCUACAAAAAUUACUGGAAACGGAAAGGGUAGAGCAGCUGAUCUCAAAUACGUCGAAUCAGCAGCUAGACUUAUAGCUGAUGUAGCCCAAAGUAACAAAAUAGUAGUCGAAAAAAGUACAGUUCCUGUAAGAGCUGCAGAAAGCAUAGCAAACAUAUUAAUUGCUAACCAAAAACCUGGUGUUACAUAUCAAAUACUAUCAAAUCCCGAGUUCCUAGCAGAAGGCACAGCAGUAACUGAUCUACUUAGUGCUGAUAGAGUUUUGAUUGGAGGUGAAGAUACAAAAGAAGGAAGAGCUGCCGUCGAGGAAUUAUGCAGUAUUUACGAGCACUGGAUACCACGAACAAAGAUUGUAACCAUGAACACUUGGUCUUCAGAGUUAUCUAAACUUGCUGCUAAUGCUAUGCUAGCUCAAAGAAUAUCCAGUAUCAAUUCAUUAUCUGCCGUAUGCGAGGCAACCGGAGCUGAUGUUUCUGAGGUAGCAAGAGCUGUUGGAUUGGACUCUAGAAUAGGUUCAAAAUUUUUGCAAUCUUCCGUAGGAUUUGGUGGAAGUUGUUUCCAAAAAGAUAUAUUAAACCUCGUCUACAUUUGUGAAUGCUUGAAUUUGCCGGAAGUAGCUGCUUAUUGGCAGCAAGUCAUUGAUAUGAAUGAGUAUCAAAAGCAUCGUUUCACCACGAAAAUUGUUGAAUCGUGCUUCAAUACUCUGAGCGGAAAGAAGAUUUGUAUACUGGGGUUCGCUUUUAAGAAGAACACCGGGGAUACAAGGGAAAGCCCUGCCAUACAUGUUGCCAAGACUUUGCUGGACGAAGGGGCAUCGAUAAAGAUUUACGACCCUAAAGUUGACAAGGAGCAAAUUGAUGAAGAUUUGACUAAUCCUUAUGUUUGCGAAAAUCCCGAAGAUUUUAGAAAGCGCAUUGCGAUUUAUACUGAUCCUUAUGCGGCUUCGAACGGAUGCCAUGCUAUUGUGGUCUGCACCGAAUGGGAUGAAUUCAUCCACCUGGAUUACAAGAAAAUCUACGGGAAUAUGAUGAAACCGGCUUAUAUAUUCGAUGGAAGGAAGAUUUUGGACCAUCAAGCACUCAUCAAUAUGGGAUAUCAUGUGCAGACAAUAGGAAAAAAACUUUAAUAUUUACGAGAGUUUUACGAUCAAUUUAUAUGUUAAAAAUGUUUUAUUUAUUUCAUAAAGUAUUAUUUGUAAUUUCCAAAUAUUUAUAUAUCAUGCAUUUAAAAAUGAAUAUAUUUACAGAAACUGACAUUUUAUACAUUAUAUUGUAA